CUGCUACUCACUUCGGCCCCUAUCAAGUCGGUUGCAGCAACGCGAUAGGGAAGUAGAUGACCGUCAAGUCCUCGUCGAGCGGUGUGCCGUGUGUAUUUGUAGCCAUGGUCGUGUGCGUGACGGCGCGUUUGGAGCGUGGCAUCGCCAUGCUCGCCACCCGUACACCACGCUCUGGAUCGCGAUCACCCCGACAUCCGCCAUGAUCGCGACGACAAAGUUUUCAGUCACCGCCAUGGGUCCCGGGCGGUCAUGGUGCUGCGAGCUGUAGUGCUAGUCACUGGGAUGUCGGCCGGGCCAUGAUCUCGACGAGGCUAUAAAGUGAUGGAGGAGGCGACAACCAUGUCCUCCAGCCAACCCAUGCUGACGCCGCGAUAACAUGUCCGACACGUACACCACCCCGCCCAAGGACACCUCGGAGAAGGGCCUAGCCCUCGACUCGCCCCCGCUCGAGUCGCACGAGUGCGGUCCGUACGACUGCGUCGAGACCGCGCCCAUGCCCACGCGGUACCGCGUGAUCGCCAUCCUCAUGAUUCUCCAGUUCUACACGGGCAUCACGUUUGCCGAGCACAUUCUGUCGCCGCUCAAGACCGAGCUGAAGAAGAAGCUCCACAUUGACAACGCGCAGUACGGUGUCAUUGCGUCGGCUACCUCGGUUGUCAACACCGUCCUCCCGAUCGUCGGCGGCGCGAUGAUGGACCGCUGGGGUGGCGCCAAGGUCGCCGUCGGGUCGUCCUUCAUGAUCGUGCUCGGCUCGCUCCUGGCCGCCGUGGCGACCCUGCACGCGUCCUACGACCUGCUCAUCGUCGGCGAGAUUCUCAUCGGCUUCGGCUCCACGGUCGGCGAGGUGUGCCAGUACAAGCUGUACCCUCACUAUGUGGCUGGCACCCGCAUGGCGACCGUGUACGGCAUGUCGGUCGGCUGGUCGCGCCUCGUGCAGAUGGUCGCCAAACUGGCCGCCGUGCCCAUGACCAACAUCCAGCACCACUGGGGCUGGGCGUUCUGGAUCUCGUUCAUGGUGUCCGUAUACAGCUUUGUCUUCGUCAUCGCGUACUUUAUCUUCGAGCGCAGUCUGCCCAAGGAGUGGCGCCCCAGCAGACAGGUCAAGGUCGGCGGCACGUGGCUCGAGACGAGCGGCGUCGGGUCGGUUCUCCAGCUCCCCAAGUUCUUCUGGAUCCUCGUCGCGACGCAGAUGUGCCAGCAUGGCGCGUACCGCGUCUACUCGCUCAACACGACCGACAUCCAAGUCAAGACGCGCGGCACGAGCCAGCAGACCGCCGGCUACAAGUCGUCGGUCCAGGCCGUCAUCCCCAUCGUGCUUGCCCCCGUCGCGGGCGCCUUCUUCGACCGCUUCGGCCACCGCAUGACGUUUGUGUCCAUCACAGCUGUGCUUCACAUCAUUGUGUUUGUCCUCAUCGGCCUCACCAAGGUCAACGCCAUUGCACCGAUCAUUAUCUCGUCGUUUGCCUACACCACCAACCUGCUCCCCUGGUUCGUCUCGCUCCCGAUCCUCGUCGAUGGCGAGGACCUCAUUGGGACGGCAUUCGGUGUCUUCCAGGCCUUUGCUAACAGCGGUGGCCUGGUCAUGACCGUCGCGGCCGGUGCUCUCCAAGACGUCACCCCGCACCAGUCGUACAACUAUGUCAUCUACCUCAUCAUCGCAGUCAAGGUACUCGACGUCUUCCUCGGCCCCUUUUACAUCUGGCUCGACCGCAUGUGGCUUAAUGGCAGUCUGCAAGUGUCCGAGGCCAAGCGUGUUGCCAUCCUCCGCGAGGCCAAGGACGAGGGUGAGACCCUCAAGGGUCUCGAGAAGAGCCGCUGGGCGACAAUCACUUGCGGCGGGCUGUACAUUGCUUGUACCGCGUGUGGCAUUACUCUCUACGUCGUCUAUGCGCUUGGCAGCAGCACCUGAUGCUCUCACCGGCUAGAUCGUUGUGCUUUGUUAUGGAUCAACGACUCCCCGCCUGCCAGGGCGAGUCUUACUCUAACACAGUAUGAUCAUGCAUGGUAUACAACUCAA